AUGGCGGCUUCGCGGAGGACGAGUCCUGCGCCGGCGGCGACUCAGCGAAGAGUGAUACCCAUCAAACGCGCAGAUGGCGAACCUCUGACUCGUGUGGAUAUCCAGUACGACUUUCUUCAAGCCGUCUUUGAUAACACCCAAGAAGUAUUCUCCGACCCAUACGCGGCUGGCACGGACGGAAAGAAGUUGACCUUCCGCGAGCUUUACAUCAAAGCUAUUCUCAACUCUCCAAAGGCGACUAAAGCCCUUAAAGACAAGCUUAAUGAAUCGCCUACAUUCACCUUGGACUUCGCAAUGCUUGCGCUGCUAGUCAAUGUUGGACGCGUCAAUACUACCAUGAGCUUCUUUCCUGAAAUGAAGACUGCUAUUCGAACAUAUCAUCCUAUUCCAUCGCUCCAACGAACUAAUGGCAACAUGCAGGACGCCCCUCGUAUUAAGCACAUACUGAAGAUGAGUCUACUGGCGGAGGAGGCCACAAGUCCACCAGCAACGCCGGCUGACAUUCUGGCUCGUUGUAAAACGGGCCCACCUCCUUCGACAAGUGUCACGAACCUUAUAUUUGUCCUUGCACACCAUACUGGGCCAAUAGGGCAAGCCCAUUUUAAUGGGCGGAUAGACUUUCUUGAUCUAUUCCUUCGCCCCGAUGUUUCUUCAGCAUCCCGUGCAAAGGCUUUCCUUUGGCUUUGCUAUAACUAUCUGGAAUCACCCUCUUCCGAAGAUGAUUAUGAUGAGGAACCAUCGCCUAACCCAUUUGCUGAUUCAUCAAAGCAGUUUUCCCCUCCUUCCAUUACAACACUCACUCCAGAAGAAGUAGAAGAAGAAAAUCAAGAACCUCCUGAAGAAGUCGCUCUUGCUCAAAAGCUUAUACUUCAGAGAAACCGUAUCAUACAUAACCAGGCCACGAAAGUGGCCGAGAAGGCCUCCAAUAAGGCGUCCCUUAGUGGGAGUGUUGCUGGCGAUGAUGAAGAUCCACCUCUGUCCAUUAUCGAUGAAGUCAAAGCCAAAGGCAAACGAAAUGCGAGCAGCGCUUCUGUUAAGAUUAAAGGGAAGCAGCGUGUACAUCAAGAGAAGAAACCUACCACCUCGAAACCCACUAAAGAGGUUUCGAAACCCCGACACUCGGAUAGAAUGGCUCUAGACUUUGACCUCGAUGACGACGAUGAUGAUGCUGAGGAGGACACCUUGAUCGAUGCAUUGUUGGACCGACGGCAUAUGUCAUCAAAGCAAUCGGGGCCAGAGCCAGCUGAAUCUUUUUCAAGUUUGUUUCCUUCCCGUAUUGCUUCACAACCAAUACAUCGACGCAGCACCAUGCAAUCUGAAAGUCAACAUAACUCAAAGUCGAAUCGAUACUCGCCAUAUGGUUCACACAAUUCCAAAUCAACUUCUCCGGUAAAAGACACACAUCGCUCACGUCACAAUGGGCAUCCACGCAACAUGCUGCAACAGGCAUGGAAAGCGAUAUCGUCAACUGAUCCCCUUGUUGAUUCUGAUGAUGAAGUUGGCGGUGAUGAAUUCACCCGCCAAGAUUACAUCCAGCGGUUGAAAGUUAUCAACCAACUUUCACAGCAACGGUGGCCAUACGAACGGUCGCCGUAUUCAUCUAGCAUCACUGCCGAACCUAAUUAG